UUCGAUGGCCCCUAUCGUUGUCGACGGCCUCGCCGAGGCCUACCUGCGGGACCUGGAGCUGGAGGCUUCCACGGACGUCGCUUGCAUGAAUGUCUCGCCCGCCAAGAUGACCGAGAGCUUCGCGGAGGACGAGGUCGUGGAGUUCUUCGACCUGGCGGGUGGCUUCGCUCAGCCCGAGCUGCGCGAGCUCGCCGACCUCGCCCCGCCGACCGAGGACUGGAACGUCGGCAUCUUGCUGAGGUGGAGCUCCCGCUGGUCGCCUCAAGCGGCCCAAGCGGGAGGCUUGGCCGCGCCCGCCCGCCAGUGGCGGGCGGCAGGGGGCGGCCGCGGGUCGAUGCGGGCUCCGGGGGGCGCCGCCCCCGAGAGAGCCGCGACGCCGCGCCGGGUGGCCGUCUCCAAGGGCGACCGCCAGGCCGCCCUCGGCAGUUUCCAGAACGAGCUGCUGUGCGCGCCGAGGGGCUGGCCCAGGAUGGCCGCGCAGCUGCUGGGUCCGCGGCCAGGGGCGCCAGCUCUGAGCAGAGCGACGGAGGAGGCCUUGACCGCGGCGCGCGGGCUGCCGCGCAGGCCCGAGGGGCCGCGGCCGCGCGGGCAGGUCUCGCGGGCCGCCCCAGAACGGAAGACCGACCUCGACCUUUGUGCGCUCGUCGAGGCAGGCGGCCGCGACGCGGGCCGAGCCAUCCCGCUGGCGAUGGCGCUGGCGCUGGAGAGUGUAGGCAGCCCCAGGAAGGCAAAGGGCGACGAGAGACCCCCGGGCGACCUACUCUACGGCGAUGCCGCCUCGGGCGCCCGCGAAGCAGAUCCCGCGGCGAAGAGUAACGGGGCGAAUGGGGCCGUGGACUUCCUGGCGCUCGACGAGGCCAUCGAGCGCAAGCCCCCGAAGUGGUCGGUCCACGUCGACGCCCAGGCCUUCGCCGAGCUCGGCUGCGAUGCCGCGGGGUCGUCGUGGAGUAUGACGCUCUGCGGCAGGCAGAGGGCGGGGUUCGGGCGCCUCGAGGACCGCGAGCGGUUCUGGGAGAUCCCGGCGUCCCUGCUCGCGCUCCGCAGGGCAGAGAGAGGCCUGGCGCGCCCCGCCGAGUUCGCUGCCUCGGUUGCCAGCGCGCGUGAGAUCGAGGCGCUUGAGAACGCCUUCAGGAAGGGGGGCGACGAAGGCGGGAGGGACAACGAGGACCGCGUCUGGGACGAGAAACUCAAGAGAGCUGCUCAUUCCGCGCGGGCUUCCCUGCGAUUUGCUCGCGAGUGGAGCUGCGCCGCAAAGACGCGCGCGGUGGCUUCGAGAGAGAUGGCGCGGCGCUGGGUCAACGUGGCCGUCGCCUGCCUCUCCUGGCGCUCGCUCGGGCUUCCCGCUGGCGGGGCCGCCGCGUCCUGCCUCGAGGCAUCUUGGAGCGAGAGGCAAAGGCAGCUGGUGCGCGGGCUCGAUGGCAAACUGUCUGGUUGCUGCCGCGUCGAAGAGCCAGUGGCACUCAUGACUGGCGGCGUCGCUGGCAUCCAUGGGGCCGCGACAAGGCUGGGUGGCCUUCGGAGCCGCGGUGGCCUUCCAUUCCAGUCCGUGCUGGGCUCCAGGGUAGAGAAGGAGGGCGAUCGCAGGUUGGGGGCCGUCGUCGACGGGCGGCGGCGCAACGCCCUGGAGAUGACCCUGGGAGAGGUGCUCUGGGAGUGCGCCUGCGACGCCGACAUCUUCAGCAGCAGGUGCGGCUACCUCGAGCGGCUGGCAACCCUGUCGCGUGCCGCGCAGUUUGCGGGGCUGCUCCUCUCGCGGGGCGGGUUCCUGUCCAUGUCCACCGAUGACGCCGAGGACUUCUUCUCUUUCUUGCGGUGGCCCGACGCCCGCGUUCUCGAGACCGCCAUCGGCUUCGGGCUGGGGGCGAAUGAGCUGCUGGAGCAGGGGGCCGCCGCCAGCGUA